UUACGGCACUAAUGUAACGUGAGGCUUCCAGCUUCACCCACCAGAGCCUCACAGUUCACGAGAGAGAGAGGGGAGAGGGGAGAGAGAGAGGGGAGAGAGAAGAGAGAGGGAGGGGAAUCACUGCCAGUGGAAAGCGGCAGUAGCAGCAGAAGGGAAGCAAGAAGCAGCAAGAAAGGGAGAGGAAAGCCGAGGGACUUUUCGUUGGAUUGGAUCCUUCGCUUUUGCGGGGAAAGAAGAAGAAGGCCUCCCUGUAUCCUGUCUCCGUUCUUGCGGAGAGCAGCAGGAGGAGCAGGGGAAGAGGACGAGAUGUUCCCGCCUGGCCUGAUCCACCAGCGCCCGGACGGCCCCGCACCCGGUGACGCGGCGCCGCGCUCCGGCCCGGGCGGGCCGAGCCUGGUGCUGACGGCAGACCCCAAGCCCCGCCUGCGGUGGACAGCCGACCUCCACGAGCGCUUCGUUGACGCCGUCGCCCAGCUCGGCGGGCCCGAGAAAGCAACCCCAAAAACUAUCUUGAGGACAAUGGGUGUGAAGGGGCUUACACUUUUCCACUUGAAGAGCCAUCUUCAGAAAUACAGAUUGGGGAAACAAUCUGGUAAAGAGGGGUCAGAGCAAUCUAAAGAUGCAUCCUAUCUUCUAGAUGCUCAGAGUGGAAUGAGUGUGUCCCCUAGAGUUCCUGCCCAGGAUUUGAAAGAAAGUCAAGAAGUCAAAGAAGCACUGAGGGCACAGAUGGAAGUGCAACGGAGACUGCAUGAACAAGUGGAGGUCCAGAAGCGUGUGCAGAUAAGAAUGGAAGCGCUUCAGAAGUACAUCGACACUAUUCUAGAGAAUGCAUGCAAGUUGGUCACUGAGCAGUUCGCCUCAAGUGUCUUCAGCAUCUCUGACCCUGAUCUCACGGAGCUAUCUCCUGGCGGGGUCAUGUGUGGCCCCACGGACACGUUGAGCUCCUCUGUCUUCAACCAGCUCUCUGUCAGCUCCAUUGGUUCGCACAGUCCAGGAGGCAAACCUUCUCCCUCGGGCAUCGAAGGCCCACCACUGCUCCUCCAGAAAUCGCCUGAGCUCAAACGGAGGUCCUCUUGAGCCGUGUCGCCGACAAAAUCUGAUCGUUAUACCGGCUUGUCUUCAGUAGUGAUGUCGACAAUAUUGCAGUGACAAGGGAAAUGGUCAACCAGUCUUGUAGUAGCUGACUUGUUCUAUUGGGAAUAUUUAAUUCUUUGUUAUUCUAUCGGAGUGGUAAUUCCUCACCGAGGAUGAUAAAUACGUCCUCUUAAAUCUAUAAUAGUGGGUCUAGUAGUAAAUUUGCUACUCUACCACAUGGCAGAGAGGCAAAAAAUCAAAUGCCCUGUUCUCCUGCUAGUACCGGCCAAGUAGCAGGGUUCGCUCCGUUGUUUGAUUAAUCAAAACAAACCUAUGUUUAUAUGAACGGCCUGAUGUUCGAGAUCAA